AUGGCUUCAACAGACACUGGCAUUCCGCUGGAUACCGCUGCUAUCAUGUCGACAGUUCUGGAAGGCAUUUUAUACGGCUUUUCAGUCCUCAUGUUCAUAGGCACUAUCUGGACAUUCACCUACAAAAAACGCUUGCGGGACGUCAAUCGGCCAAUUGCUGUGGUCGCCGCCCUGCUGUUUGUACUUAGUACUGUGCACAUGGUCAUAGAUAUCAUUCGUAUCGAAGAGGGACUGGUGAAGUAUCGCGACACUUUCCCAGGCGGCCCAGCGGUAUUCUUUGCAGACGUUUCCCAAGAAACAUUUGUAGUCAAGAAUGUGAUAAUCACCUUGCAAACCCUGCUUGGCGAUGGGGUGGUGAUCUAUCGAUGCUACGUCGUUUGGAAAUCCGUCCGGAUCAUCAUCCUGCCAUGCAUUAUGUGGUGUUGUAUCGCAGUGUUCGGGACUUGUAUGGUCUACGACUUUUCGCAAGCGCUGACUAGCAAUGCCGAAAGUGUCUUUACCAACGAGACUGGACGUUGGACCGCGGCGUUCAUUUCCUUUACUUUCGCAACCAAUUUGUUCAGUUCAGGAUUGCUGGCAUACCGCAUCUGGACGAUCGAACGCAGGGUCUCUACCACUCGUGCUAGGAAGGGUAUAAUGCCUAUUGUGCGCGUGCUCGUGGAUGCUGCUAUUUUAUACUCUGCAGCCACCUGCUCCGCAAUAAUAUGUUUUGCCCGCUCGAAUAAUGGCCUAUAUGUCAUUGGAGACUUGAUCAACCCGAUCAUCCCGAUUGCUUUCUACAUGGUGUUUAUUCGCAUCGCGGUCAAUAAAAACACUCAGGAAUUCUUCUCGGCUGUCUGUGUGGGGACAACUGAGACAGAACAAAGAAUCCCGCUGGAUUUUCCUAUGCAGCCUGGAUACAUGCGGAACGAUGCAUCCUCCUGGCCGACAGCCCAGAAAUAG